AUGAUUAGGAGGGGGAUAGUUGCUGGCGCUUACCGUCAUGAAGUGCUUUCAGGUCAGAGGCUUUUUAUACGAUCAAAAUCAAAAUGGUUUAAUCCCUUAAGUAGAUUUAGCAAUAAGUCCAACAAGCAGGAACAUUCUCCACAAUCAAAUCAACAAGUGCUGAAUAAGAGUCAUAUGGUAACAAUAGAAGAGCCGGAUAAUUCAUAUACUAGUGGAUCUGGAAAGGAAGCUAACCACGCAUCUCUUGUUCGCGACUUUAACCAUUACCUUAGGACUGAUAUUCCAGAUAUCCUCCAGCAGAAGAUUCUCACAGAUAAGUUGAGCCAGUACAUUCGAGUAGUGCCUGAUUUUGGUAGCGAUAAAACGACUAUUCCGAUACUUAAUAAGGUUUUCUUAAGAUUGUACACGCUCCAGAAUAAUGAGAUUGAAGGGACUUUAUCAUUAGACGAGCUUUUAAUCUUAUUCGAGAAGUCUACUUUGGCAGUCACCAACGAAUCCAGGAGUAACUCAGAGAAUUUCUAUGUUCCAAAGUAUCUUGCUCUUUUGGCAAGGCAUUUCUAUACCCAACCCAACGAUGACGGAAAGAUUCCGGUAAAGAUUUUCGUUUAUGUUGUUGAAUUAGGUAGUUCUAUAAUUAAGAAUUCCUCAUUGAAAGAUUCACUACAACUAUUGUUCAACAACAAAAAUUUGAAGCUCUCCGCGGACUUUACAAGCUCUUUAAUUAAAUAUCUAACUUUUAAGAAGAGACUUUCCAUCGUAACUUUCCAAGAAAUCUUCCAAUCCUCUGUAAAUAGUGGAAGAUUUCUAGAGCUAAUCGAUGAUGAGUUUUUCGAUACUUUCAAUGGAUACGUAGAGAACUUAUACAGGGACACCCCUCCACUAGUACACGAGUAUAAGAAUUUAGAAAGGAACUUGGAAACGGUACAGCAAGUUACCAAUCAAAUUAUAGAGACCUUGUUAAAAGAGGGUGAGAUUGGUGUUGACUUCAUUGGUGUAAGUUCAUAUUUGAAAAUGGCCAAAUUGUCGCAUGAGCUAGAUUCAGUAAGUAUGAAUACUGGAUUUCCCAAUGGAUCUACAAAGACCCUUGAGUUUCUUGUCGAAAAUUCUGAAAACUUGGAGCUUUUGUACGAAGAGAUCAGAAGGGAAAUCUUCAAGCAAAACUUGGACGAAGAAUCACUAGCUGAAGUGUUGUUGAUCACAUCAUGGGGCAGUACCAAGUUAAAUUGUUUAGCAAACAUGUUAAGUGAAUAUAUAGCUUCUGAUGAAGUGAAGUUUUCAUUUGAAAUCAGGUUGCAAGCAAAGUUAGGGAUACUUUUAAGUGGUGCGGAUGGCUCUGAAAGUGAAAUCUUCGAAUUUGUAGAAAAAAGCAUAAGUGAAAUGAUUGCAAAAGAGGAAGAUAGUGCUAAGAAUAAGGCUGAAAAUCUACUAGACUUCCGAUCGAUACAUGCAAAAGUAAUACAGGUUGCGCUCACUUCGCCAAAAAUACCCGCUAGGGGAUAUUUCACUCAGUCAUUAUUAAAUUUCUUUAAAGAAAAAUAUCAUGCUACUGAUUUCUCGGUGUAUUCGUUCAAGUACCAAGUCGAUAAAGCGGUAUCAAUCGGAAAUCAUCUACAAGCAGUUAAUGCAUUUGAGGACAGUUUAGACCAAUAUACUCAGUGGCCCACCAGCAGAGAUCCAAUGACUAAGUCCACUUUGGAUAACUUGGUGGUUUUAAUUUGUAAAGAAAUGGACAACAUUGAAGACAUAUUCCCCAUCUUCACUAAAAUAAAACAACAAAUGGUUGAUAGUCAAUGCAGUAUUGAUUCGAUAAAUGCAAUGGCAGGUAAAAUGCUUCAAGCUGAAUUUGUUGGUGAUACAAUUGAAUUUUUGAAAAGAGAGUUGCCCAAGAUUGGAAAAGAAGAUACCGAAAAGUUACCUAUGACUGAAAAGUAUGGGAACCUCUUUUCCACCUUGCACAAUUUUGUUCUCACUUAUAAGAAUGAAUCGACAUUUGAAACCAACUGGGUCUUGUACGGAGAAAUCCACAGGUAUUUCAAUGUCCCUUACGAGUAUUAUUUACCGGCAAUGAAAUUUUUUAGCGAAAAUCAGAGACAAAACGCUUCUCUUAUAAUAUUUAGACAGAUGGUUAGACUAAAUGAAUUACAUGGCCAUGGUAAGAGCACUCCUUUUUUGGCACCUCUGAGAGAUCAUUACUUACUCUUAUUUCAAGAGUUUGGAAACCAACUUUAUGAAGAUGGAGUAGCAGAAUUACAUGAAUAUAUUAAAAUGGAUGUACAUAUACCGAAGCAAGAUAUCCAGUUGCAGAAUACAAUAUUGAAUGCUUACUCCAAUUUGCAAGAUGUACCUAAGACAAAGGAUUUAUUCCUUGCAAUGUCAUCAAAUCCUAAAGAAAUCGGUGGAAUCAACGAAGAUUCUAUCCAAAUUAUGAUAAAGACGUAUACAUACAGCGAUAUUGCUUAUGUGAAGAAAUUCUGGAAUAACUUAUCUCAGUAUGGUAUCAUCCCGAAUUAUGGAAUUUUCAAACAAUAUCUCAUAGCUCAUGUUUAUCAUGGUUUAACAGAAGAAGCAAUCGAAUUGACUCAGGGGGAAAUGAGUGAUUAUGAGAUAGAAAUGUCAAGUGAUAUAUUAAUAUCUAUGUUUAACUUCUCGUUGGAACUGUCGCAACAGCAAAAAAUAUCUACCUGGGCACAGGAGCAGUACCCAUCCGAAUGGGAAACUGCAAAAUCCUCAGGUUCACUAAAGGCAACCUCCAAGUCAACUGAAGAUCCUCUGUUGAUGAUUGAAAAAGGUUACGAAACAGAGAAGUAA